UUGUGUGACAUCUGAAGCCUGGGAUGCUGGUGACCAUGCUGUUGGCUCCUGUCUGUGUGCUGCUGAUGCUGGGGGCGCGAGCUCUUGCUGGAGGCUACCCCCCCAUACCCCACAUGAAAUACAUGCAGCCCAUGAUGAAAGGGCCUAUUGGACCCCCAUUCAGGGAGGGCAAGGGACAUUACGUUGAUAUGCCACCCAUGAUGGAGGUGAAGGGGGAACCAGGCCCCCAAGGGAAACCUGGAUCAAGAGGCCCCCCUGGGCCACCAGGACUUCCAGGAAAACCUGGACUGGGCAAGCCAGGUCUCAAUGGUCCACCAGGCCCCCAGGGGCCUUCUGGCUUUCCAGGGAUUGGUAAGCCUGGACUUCCAGGUCUCCCAGGAAAGAUUGGGCCAAAGGGGGUGCCAGGGCUUAAUGGCGAAGUUGGUCCUCGUGGUGAACCAGGCCCCAGAGGUCCUCCAGGGCAGCCCGGUCUUCCUGGCCCAGCUGGCCUAUCUCUAAACGGGAAACCUGGACUUCCAGGCAUCAAAGGUCCCCCUGGGUCUCGUGGUGAACCAGGAAUAAAGGGUAUUCCUGGGGCACCAGGUGAGCGUGGAUUUAAGGGCGAGAAUGGAAAUGGGAAGCCAGGGCCUCCAGGUAUAAGGGGUCUGCCUGGGAUUAAAGGCAGUACAGGCCUACCUGGUAAUCCAGGUAUAGGCAAACCAGGACUAAAAGGUUUGCCUGGACUGCCUGGUCUUAAAGGUGAUCAAGGACUCCCAGGGGAUCGGGGAGAACCAGGAGAGGCUGGGUCUCAAGGACUACAGGGUCUGCCAGGGCCAGUUGGGUUAGGGAAGCCUGGGCUAGAUGGACUGCCUGGAGGACCCGGUCCAAUAGGUCCAAAAGGUGAGUUAGGGCCCAGGGGUUCUCCUGGAUUUCCUGGGACUCCUGGCUAUGGAAAACCUGGUCUAAGUGGACCAAAAGGAGAAAAGGGCCAUGGUGGGUUGCCUGGUCUUCCAGGGGACAAAGGAGAGCAAGGAAUGGUGGGCCCAAUUGGGGAACCAGGACUUGAUGGACAGUCAGGACCACCAGGACUUCAAGGCCCAAUGGGCCUCCCAGGAAAACACGGAAUGCCAGGACUGAAGGGAGAGAUUGGGCCCCAGGGCCCUCCAGGACUGCCUGGCCUCAGAGGUGACCAAGGCCCCAAUGGACCCUUUGGAAAACCUGGCAUUCCUGGGGAAAAGGGCGGCCCUGGGCCUAAUGGCCCUAUUGGAAAACCUGGACCCAAAGGUGAGGCAGGGCAUAUUGGCCUUCCUGGGAAUCCAGGACUUACAGGUGCUCCAGGGCCUAAAGGUGAGACAGGGUUUAUAGGGACUCCAGGCCCCAGGGGCCAGUCAGGCAUUCCUGGUCUCCAGGGGCCCAUGGGUCCCAUGGGGCCACAGGGUGUACCUGGCCCAAAGGGUGAACCUGGACUUACAGGGCCACCAGGAUUGGGUAAGUUUGGAGAGAAGGGAGCAAUGGGUCCCCAAGGUCCUCCAGGGAAACCAGGCCCUGUUGGACUUAAUGGUAACCCCGGCCUUCCUGGGCCUCCAGGGCCCCCUGGUCCUCCAGGAAAUGGCCAAACAGUUGUUGCAGGGCCAACAGAUUCACAGUUGGAAGGGGAUGAAGUACCAGGGGACCGGAAGGGGCCUGCAUACAGUCAAGUUCCACUCUCUGCUUCUGUGGCACCAGCCUUCACAGCCAUCCUCACCACACCUUUCCCUCCCUCUGCCAUGCCAAUCAAAUUUGACAGGACCCUGUACAACGGGCAAAAUGCCUACAGCUCUACUACCGGCAUGUUCACUGCUCCUUUAUCUGGUGUCUACUACUUUGCAUACCACAUGCAUGUAAAGGGAACUAGCUUGUGGGUGGCACUGUACAAGAACAAUGUACCAGCCACUUACACCUAUGAUGAAUACAAGAAAGGCUACAUGGACCAGGCGUCCGGUAGUGCUGUCCUAGAGCUGAAGGAGGGUGACCAGGUAUGGGUCCAGAUGCCCUCGGAUCAGGCAAAUGGCCUCUAUUCUACCGAGUACAUCCACUCCUCCUUCUCAGGAUUCCUGCUCUGUCCCACAUAACCCGUCCUUCCAUUCAAACAUAUUCCUGUAUUGGCACCUCAGAGCAGCCCUAAACCUAAAAUACCUGCAGCCAUAAUAGAAACACAAAACCCAUAGGAUUCUCAAUAUUAUUGCCAUCAUCUUUAUCUGUCUCACCCUCAACAUCUUCAGCGAAAGAAAAAAACUAACUUUGUGAAUGAAAUAUGGAAAGUUUUUAAAGGCAGGGGAAGGAAUUUCAUACUGUGUUCUUUGUUUCAUUGUCAUUCAAAUGUGUGUUUUGGGUUGUAUUUUAUGUUGGUGUUUUUUAGCUUAUAUUAUUUUAAUUAUUAUAUUGUCAUAAUUUUAUUGUUAUUAUUUGGUCCUUGUCAUCAUUGUUGUUGUUGUUUAUUGGAUUCAGACUAUUAAGUGCCUUACUUUGUAAUGUGCUAGUAACAGACCUUCCCAUGUGACUGCACAUCCUGCCCUCAUGCUCUGACAUCAUAAGGACAAGAUCACCAGACCCUGGGGGGGUGAUUGGUUCCUCUGGCUGCAGUCACGUCCCCCUCGUGUUCUUAUUUAAACCGUGAAUGGCAAUACUGACAUAAAAAGCAACAAUACAACGUAGAACAUAUAUACAAACAAUAGCAAAACAAGGCGUUUGGUGCUGUAAUACCAUUACUUUUCACGUUUCUUUUGGUUGACCUUUUUAGUACUCUAAACAAUUGCUACUUUGAAAUUAUUAAUAGAAUUAAAUCUUUGUGUUUAGAGUGAGAUAUAUAUUUUGACAUUUAUUUGGCACAAGCAUCUGUUGGGUGCUUAUUUCUCUGCUUUUCUGUGAAUUUAGUAGCUGAUCAUUUAAAAGUGACGGAUCUUUCUUAUAAUUUAUUGAACUGUACAGAAAUGCAGUCAAAGAAAUACAAUCCAAGAAUGAAUUAAAUAUGACCUCACAGUAUUAGAAUUAUUCAAUUUAAACUGCCCCUUUAAAGAGUAUCAACAACAUCAUGCAAGAACAAUGUCUUUUCUUAACUUUCAGGACAAUACUAAUUGAGGACGAUAUGUAUGCAUACAGUCAAUGUUUACAUGCCAUAGAAUAGAUACUGAGAGAAACUGCAAAAUGGACAGUAAGGACACUACCAUAGCUGGAUCGAUGGCCCGUUUCCUUGUAUUGAUCUGAUUUUCCCAUUUGCACUGCAAAUCCCAUCACCAGGUCGCAGGCAUCCUCUUCAGAUGCUCUGACAUCACUGCUUUCUAAUGGUAUACUACCUAUCAAUAAAUCAGUAUCAUAUUAACAUUCCCAGUGAGCAAUCUGUAAUGCCAUACUAUACAACCCCCGUUCUGACCAUAUAUCUGUGAAGAUGCUGUGAACUCAUUUAUGUUUAGGAAAAUAGGGAGGCAAAUUAUUGAUUAUUAUUGAAAAAAUCCAUGUCUUAUUUGGAAUUAUUUGUAGUUCAGAAUGACAAGACGUUCUAAUAAUUCCCAAACCAUCAUGUCAAAAAUAGCUGAAUUAUUGUUUAUUUUUGUGCAACAUCCAUGUUUUCAAGGCCAAGAUGUUGCAGAACCGAAUAAUUUUAAAAUAUAUAGCUGGAAAUGAGAAUCGAUCUACAUUUACUCCAUGAAUAAGUAAAGGGACUGACUGAGGCCCACAGGUUGUGAAAUACAGGUUGUGUAACAUUUAACAAACCCCUGCCAGAGGGAGAGGUGGUGGGCCAGAGGUGAGAGAACGUGUAUUUACUCAUUUCUGUUGGAUGAGGCAUUAAAGAUACUUGCUGUGUGUGUGUGUGUAUAUGCAUGUGCUUGUAUGUUCUAGUAGGUGUACCCUUCUGUCUGUCACUGUGUCAAUGUGUGUGUGUGUGUGUGUGUGUGUAAAGUUGUGUAGCUGUGUCACAUUGUUCCCCUUGCAUUCCGGUCAUGAGCACUUCAGCAAAGGUAAUAACAAACUUGUUGAAGUUAUAAAACCUUAGUGAGAGCUUACAGUCCUGUCAAUGUUCCACAUGAAAUCUAACUUCAAAAUGUUUCAGCCUCCUUUUGGGUUCAUUUCUCUCUAACGGUGCCUUUGCAAAGUAAGGGAAGAAAAUGAUAAAAUAGGUGAAUGAUGAAUGUAAUAAAUGGAUCACGUGAGACAGAGAAACCUGAAAUUAAACCGCCAUAAUGAGAUCAGAAGACAACAUUUGCUAGACAUGAAUUACUGGUUAACACUGAACAUUUUUUGAUAUGACCAUUUUGCAUAUUGGUCCAAUGAGUGGCAUAAUGGUGUGCAAUAAUUUUUGUGUUGUACCAAGUCAUGAACAAAAUGAACAAAAAAAAAAGACAUUCUGGUGACGUGUGCAAGAUCUUUUAUCAGUGGUUGCAGUUACACAUGAGAAGAGAUAAAGAGGUUUGGGCAAAACCGAAAACGUUGGUGCUUAUAUUACUGACUACGUGCCUUUACAUUGCCUCGGCUCAGACAGGAUUCAAAUCUUAACCCUAUCAUUACACUGAAGUUAGGACUACCUUACACCUUGAUGGAGGAAUGUCAAUGUACAAGAAGAUUGUGCCAAAUAUUGAGCUGUACAGUCAGAAUGAAUGUAUGCUGACUGAUUUACAAUAGUUCCUAUAAAUUGUCUACCAUAACUAGGGAUGGGAAUUGAUAAGACUUAUUGAUACCAAUACCAUGCUUGAUCCUGCUUCGAGCCUGAUUCUUUGUUGAUUCCCAUAUUGAUUCCUGAUCUGAAAAAAACACAGGUUAACUGUUUUAUUAUUUCCGAGUCUGAACACAGUGUAGAAAAAGAGCAGAGCUACAGCGAUUCAACUUUCUUUGUAAAAUGAGGCCAUGCUUUGGAGCACUUCUUUCUCUCCGCCAUUACUCUUUCUUUUUGCAAGUUUCCAGCAGUGUAGACACGUGAGUUUGACAUCAUUGUUUUGCAAGCCUAAGUGUAAAAAAAACAUGCUGGCAUUGAUAAAAGGAACUGACAAGCUUGGCAGCAUGCGACUCAAAUGGAUUGGACUAUUUGGAGCUGGUUCUUAAUUCCCAUCCCUGACCAUAACAGAUAACACAUAAACAGUAACUCUUGAAGUUGCUUUGGAAAAGCAGUGCUAGGAUAAGGCCUAAUCAGUAUUUUACAUCUAUGUAAUUCAAACAAUGCACUUGCUCUUGCCCUUUCUGUCUCAUAAUAACAUUUAUUUUCAUAACACACCUACAACUGCUAUCUAUCAUUAUUGUUAUGUGAGUCUACAAGGCAGUCCUAGGCUCGUUAUGUACUGUAUGUUGCCUUUUUUUUUUGUCGCCUUCUAUUUUUGGACAUAUGAAACGGUGAUGUGAGUUACAUAUGGCCAUUACUCUCUGUCCUUAUGUUUUCAUAGACAAUGUCACUUGCUUGCAGAGUUUGCCCUGUGUGCAAAUCAUUUAACAAGUGUCAGUAAGAUCCAUGUACCGUCGCAAUCACAAAUUACUUUGAAGUGUUUUUUCUGUUUUUCUUUAAAAAAACAAAACAAACAAAAAAAAUAUGAUUUUUUAAAAAGCCUUGCUUCGGUUCUUAAGGGAUAUUUGUUUGUUUUAGUUUCAAUAAAUACAAACGGCCAUUCCCAUUUGCACAUGAAAUUAAUGAAGAUGUAUUUAUACAUUUAUGAUAAUUUAAUAGGGAUGCCAAAACCGACCACCGAAGCCUAGAACGUAUAAAUGGUAUUUAACAGCAUUGAUGAGUUAAGAGCAUUUACAACAUGUAGUUAGCAUUCUAGCGUUGUUUGUGAAGGAUUAUUUGUGGACUUUUACUUUCUAUUUGUGUAAUGUUCAAUGUAUCAACUUAUAGGAUUUUUGUCAUACAAGGCUAUUGCGUGCACUCUAUGCAAUAGAAUUUGGGUAUAAAAUGCACUCUUUUUGAUUGAAAAUGUUUGUCUGCUUAUACAAAAUCUACAGUACUUGAUUGUAUUGAUACCACAUCAAUAAAAAAAUCUUUCUUGUA